UCGCUGAGUUUCUGACUGUAGUGACGAAGACUCAAGCCUAACAGUACGCUAAGUGAGACGCAAACGCUGAAGAACUUAAGCGUGUAAUGACGAACAAUAAUGUCUUCAAUUGAGAGGUUUAGAGAUGUCGGUAACGAGCGGCUGACUGCUGCAGCUGAGGAAAUACGUGCCGAUGCUACAAGAGCUGCCGUCGAGGACGAGGCAGAGAUCAACGGUCAGCGCACAAAGCUGGAUACUGUUUGGAUACCUUACAUUGUCUUACACACAAUAGACGUCCCACAGCAACAUGUGUGUAAGGAGGAGGAGGAUGAGACUGAGCAACAGCUCUGUCACCAGGAGAGGAAGUCCAGUCUGGACCAGGAGGAGCCAGAGCCUCCACAGAUAAAAGAGGAGCAGGAGGGAGAGCAGAUCAAACAGGAGGAGACUGACGUGUUGAUUAUGAGUCCUAAGGAGGAGGAAAGUGAGCACAGAGAAGCAGAUGGACAACAUGAACACGAUGUCCUUUCUCCCAAAUCUCAUGUUGCUGAGAAUCAAGAUCUCAGAGAGAACAAGCAGAAAGACUCCGAGAUACUCACAACUCUUACUCACACAGGUACAAAGCCAUACACCUGUGGUACCUGUGGGAUCUCAUUCAGACAGAGAGUUAGUUUGAACCAACACUUAAAAAUCCACAUGAGACCACACACAGACAUCCCACAGCAACAUGUGUGUAAGGAGGAGGAGGUUGAGGCUGAGCAGCAGCUCUGUCACCAGGAGAGGAAGUCCAGUCUGGACCAGGACGAGCCAGAGCCUCCACAGAUUAAAGAGGAGCAGGAGGGAGAGCAGCUCAAACAGGAGGAGACUGACGUGUUGAUUAUGAGUCCUAAGGAGGAGGAAAGUGAGCACAGGGAGGCAGAUGGACAACAUGAACACGAUGUCCUUCCUCCCAACUCUCAUGUUGCUGAGAAUCAAGAUCCCAGAGAGAACAAGCAGAAAGACUCAGAGAUACUCACGACUCUUACUCACACAGGUACAAAGCAGUACAUCUGUGAUACCUGUGGGAAAUCAUUCACACAGAAAGCUGGUUUGAACCAACAUUUAACUAUCCAUACAGGUGAAAAACCACAUCCCUGCACAAUUUGCAACAAAUCCUUUAGACGUAAAUGUAAUUUGAUGGUCCACACAAGAAGACACACAGAUGAGAAGCCGUACUCCUGCAGAACCUGUGGGAAACGAUUCGGUCAACAGUACGAUUUGAAUAAACACAUUCUCACUCACUCAGGUAUAAAGCCGUACACCUGUGGUACCUGUGGAAAAUCAUUCACACAGAAAGUUAGUUUGAACCAACACUUAAAAAUCCAUACAGGUGAAAAACCACAUACCUGCACAAUUUGCAACAAAUCUUUUAGACGUAAAGGUUAUUGGACAGUCCACAUGAGAUCACACACAGGUGUGAAUUCUUACACUUGCAGCACCUGUGGGAAAAGAUUCGGUCAACAGUCAGAUUUGAAGAAGCACAUUCUUAUUCACACAGGUACAAAGCCAUACACCUGUGGUACCUGUGGAAGAUCAUUCACUCAGAAAUAUUCUUUAGACUGUCACUUAAAAAUCCAUACAGGUGAAAAACCACAUACCUGUACAAUUUGCAACAAAUCUUUCAGAGAACAAGGUUAUUUGAAAGUCCACAUGAGAAUACACACAGGUGAGAAGCCUUACGCCUGCAGUAUCUGUGGGACGUCAUUCACCAGGAAAGGUACUCUGGACAGGCACCUAAAGAUCCAUGCAGACCAGGGUCAAGGAAAGGUGGGAGUAAGAGGAUAGGAAUGGAGAACAGCGAUGAUUAAAGAAUCCGACUGCACAUACCCUGGUGGGAGUCAGUAUAAUGUAGCUGCCAUUAAAUGUAGAAGGAGUUAUGUACCAUCAAAUAUAUCAAGUUAACGAAAUACACAGCGGAGCAGCAUUUACCUCUUGCUGAUGCAACAAAGCCAACAAACGCAGGAGACACUUGCGUCUUCUGCAAGCGGCAGCGAUCCUAGCGAGUCGCAAUCUGUGACACAGCGUAACAGCCAUACACGGGGGGUGUCUUUCUGUUGCCAUGGCAACAAGGUCUUCCAUUUUCCGGUGAAUUGAAGAGGGCCUCCCAUUCCUGCCCGUCAUAUUUAUACCCUCCCCCUUCAAUUAAAGAGUCCUCCAGAGCUACGAGUGUGACUUCAUUUGUGACAUUUCAGUGACACUCAGUAGUGAAGGGGUAGUGUGUAGGGGCCAUUUGGGAUUGAGCCAGUGUCUGUAGUACCAAGAGGGCUGCAUCCAUUUCCUUAGAGGGGUGUGGUCAGGGGCGGAGUCAGACAGCUAUUGACCAUUUAAAGCCACAGACACAGAAAUGGCUCAUUCUGAGAUGGGCUGAAAUACAAGGGGUUUUAGACUUACAAAAGUCCUAUACUGGAGUGUUUUUUUCAGCAACAAACUUCACAGGCAUGUUUUGGGGACCUCUGAGACCCAUAUAAGCUUGUCUUAAAAGGGUAAAAUAUGUCUCCUUUAACUGUGACUGUGAACAUCAAGAACAGCAGAAACUUUUCUCUUAAUCUGAACUCUCUUCAUAGUCAGUAUGAAAAGAUGAAUAAUAUUCAAGUCCUUGUAUUUCACAGCGAUAUUAAAUUGUUCUCUUUUUUCCCAGCCUGUCCAUUUUCCUGAAUCAUCUCAUCUCUGUUAGUUUUAUCAGUCUACUCUGGUUCUGUCUUUCCUUCAGCUAGUCAUGUGAAAAGCUUGAUAAACUGUGUCCUGCUUGCGUAAUUAUGAUAAAUAUAAUAAUCACAAUAUGUGACCAUGCCGACCUUAUCGCUUUGACUUGUGGUCAUUUACAAACAUUUAUCACAUUUACUGUAAUAUUUAGAAAAUGGCAAAACAAAUGCAAUUUGAAAUGCAACGUCAGACAACGUCAGAAGCCUCUUACCUGGGCUGUGGAGAAAAAGAACUGGACUUUUGCUCAGUGGUCCAAAGUCCUCUUCUCAGAUGAAAGUAAAUUUUGCAUGUCAUUUGGAAAUCAAGGU